ACUCAUAACGCGUUUUAAAAAGUUUAAAACAGAAUUCGUUAAAGUUGAGCUCGUCAAGUGUAGUUAUAUUUUUAUCCGAAAAUCGACGACAGAAUCUCAACAGUCCAUUGCACCUUUGUAUUGUACAGAAAUAUUCAUAUAUCUGUAUAGUUAUAAACUCGGGUUCACCUUUGGCUUCGGCCUCGAAUUCAGGAUAAGCAGUCUUCCCAAGCAGAUGAUCCAUGAGUCUGGUGAACUGUCAAGCUGAGAAAAAAGGCGGUCGUUUCGGAAGUAACUCAACGUCGAAUGCCAAGUCAAACACAAAUCUGGGAUCUCCUUCACGCAAACGGACUUUAGUUCAUAAUUUGCCGCAGAAUAAUAAGCCCAAAGAACAAAGUGCAACUAGAAAUGUAACGCAAAAUCUGAGUAAAACUCCAAAAAAGAUGUUCAGAAACCUUCCACGAUCCCAAUCAGAAGACGUGUUGCAAGACAAGACACCAACUAAAAAUGAGAGACUCAAAGUUAACAAGAACGGAUCAAAUCCAAGACUUUCUGGCGAGAAAAUUCCUGUUACUCAUUUUUGUACGCCAAAAAAUGUUUCAAGUACAAAAUCAUGUACCAAUUCUGCACGCAAGCCCAUGAAGCGCUUCCUUAGUGAUAACGUUCUACCUCAAACUCCAGAUUGCUAUAACUCUGUGCAUUUGGAGACUCCAAAAGCUAAGUUUGAAAAUGGAAUUGAAGAGCAAACUGUGUGUGAAGGAGAAAAUAGUAAUUUAAACGUAGGCAUUAGAGUUAGACCCUUAAAUUAUAAGGAGCAAGCUGAACCAAAGAUUACAUCCAUUGUAGAAGUAAAUUGUCAAAACAUAAUCGUAGAUUGUGACACGUCAAAACAUACUUUUAUGUAUGAUCAUUGUUUCUUUUCAAACAAUGAUUCAUCCAAACCUGGACAUGCAAGUCAAGAAACAGUAUUCAACAGCAUUGGUUUGCCACUGGUGCAAAAUGCAUUUGAAGGAUACAAUGUUUGUCUUUUUGCUUACGGCCAGACUGGUUCCGGAAAAAGUUACAGCAUGAUGGGUCCAGAGCCAAGUCAGCCUAAUUCAAUUGAUAUUCAUCCUGAUGCUGGUAUUAUUCCAAGAUUUUGCCAUGAAAUUUUUCAACGAAUAUCGCUAGAUCAUAAAAACAAUAUUACCGUUGAAAUAAGUUACUUUGAGAUUUACAACGAAAAGAUCCAUGAUCUUCUCAUAAGUAAUAAUAACAAUGGCAACAAAAGAGCUCCACUUAAAGUAAGAGAACAUCCUGUCUUUGGUCCUUACAUUGUUGACUUGAGCCAGCACAGUGUUCAAAGCUAUGAGGAUUUAAAGACGUGGUUAAAAGUUGGGAACUCGCAGAGGGCCACAGCAGCAACUGGAAUGAAUGAAAAAAGUUCUAGAUCUCACAGUAUUUUUAGUAUAAUUUUAACACAGACAACGUCUAAAGGAUUAUCAACUAGUAAAAUAGAAGAUGCUGGAAAGCGUAGUAAAAUAAAUUUGGUUGAUCUUGCUGGAAGUGAGAGGUUGAGCAAUACAUGUGCAAGUGGUGACAGAUUAAGGGAAGGUGUGUCGAUAAAUAAAUCGCUUCUCACAUUGGGAAAAGUUAUUGGAUCUCUCGCUGAGAGUACAAAUGACAAAAAACGCAAUUUUGUUCCAUACCGUGAAUCUGUUUUGACGUGGCUUUUAAAGGAGAGUCUCGGCGGAAAUUCUCGCACGGCUAUGCUCGGCACGGUUUCGCCGGCCAACAUACAUCUGGAGGAAACGCUGGCCACGUUGAGAUAUGCCUGCCAAGCCCGUGCGAUCGUCAAUCGCGUGCGAAUCAACGAAGAUCCUCACGAUAGGCUUAUAAGACAAUUGAAGGCGGAAGUUCAGAGGCUUAGGGGUAUGCGGGAUGUAUACGAGAAACAAUUGGGCGUGACGCCACGGAAGUUAUUGGACGCAUAUGAAACCCCGGGCAGUACAGCGGAGGAAAUUUUGAGCAAACAAAAGGAAAUUGACCAACUAAAGGAUCAGCUAAAAAAGAUGGAGGACCAGCUCUUUGUGUCACAAAAAUCUUGGGAGGAAAAACUUCUUGAGGCCCAGGCGAAAAAGGACACGGAGCUUGCGUACCUGCGUCGUUGCGGCGUUGCUGUAGAGUUUGAUUUCCGAGGGGCACCAAAGCAUCCCUGCCUCGUAAACCUUACAGCUGAUCCAAUGUUGUCCGGCACGCUCUUGUAUCUCAUUCCUCCAGGUCACGUACGGGUCGGUAGAGCUCCUAGGUCCAGCACUCCAUCCAAGAAGAAAAUCGAUAUUGUUUUGGACGGCCCAUUAAUUAAACUGCUACAUUGCACAAUCGAAAAUGACCAUGGGAAAUUGAUUUUAUACCCAGAACCGGAUGCAGAAAAUUACCUUAAUGGAGAGAUGGUUCGAGGACGAGUGCAGUUAAAUCACGGUGAUCGACUCUGUAUCGGUGGCAAUCAUUAUUUUAAAAUUUGUAACUCUCAAGGGGAUCAAGAUAGCGCACAAAUGUCUCUCCAACCAAUUGACUUUGAAUUUGCGUAUCAAGAGAUACUACGAAUCCAAGAAGAAAAAUUAAGAGUAGAAUUAGAAGAAUCAAAACAAAAAGCUAAGAAAGAACUUGAGAAUGCUAAACGAGAAGUGGAAAUGCAAUUGGAGCUACAAAAGUCCGCUUACGAAUGUGAAAUAAAGCAGCUGGGGUCGAAUCUCGAGCAGCAAAAAUUGGAAUUAGAAGAGGCAAAUAAAAAGAAAAAAGAACUCGAACGCGAAAAAGAGUUGCUUGCUAGUGAAAUAGAAACUAGCAACAAAAUAAGGAGGCUUGAGAUCGAAGAUUCAGGAAUAAAUAUUUCACCAUACAAAUCAAAUUUUAUUCAAGAGCUCGAAGGAUUGUUAAAUGAAACCACUGCUGACGUUGAGACUGCCUUGUCGGUCAAAACGAGUAUCGAUGCUAUGAAGAUCGGCGGAGUUAGUCCACAUGAAAUUCAAUUAUUAGUUAGAGAAGCCACAGAAACGUGCAGAGAUGUUGGUGUUAACUACGAGUUCCAUCAGCAGCAAAUCGUUGUUGAUAAAUCCUUGCAGCCAGUAAUCCGCGUCCGUGACAGGGAUAACAUGCUGGAGACCCUUUGGCAGCCUAUGCGUUUUCUCGACUGGAUUCGUCAGUUACGAGAUCACGAACUCGAACAUUCAAUCAAAGAAUUACAAGAUGCUGAAGACAAGUGGGAGCCCUUUGAUGACAGCGACAUCAUGCCAGAUUCACUAUGUAGUAGUCGAAUUUCGAUAAAUAUGACACCAGUUAAGAAGCAAUUGAACGAGAGCUUAAGUCAAUUUUCGAUUGAUACGUCUUUUCUUGAUUGUUCUGUAGCCGAUCGAACUAAUGAGUCAGUUUUUUUGAAGCGUCGCGAUGAUAUUCAUCAAUGUUUUAUUCAAAUUGAAAUUGCUUCCAAAACAUUGAAAGGGCUGUGCCAUCAAUACGAGUCAAGAGAAGUAAGUGGAAAAAUCACUCAAGCUUUGGAUCAGGUCAACUCUGUAAUGCAAGAUCUAAAAGAUCUUUUUCGAGAAAAAUCGCCCCCGGAAAAUAGCGUUGCCGAAAUCAUGGCAUCUGAUGUUGGCGAUCCCGAAAAUACAGUAAUUGAAAACUCAGUUAUCGACAAAAGUUCAACACCUUUUGCGGUUGUCAAAAAUUUUUUCGCCAAUUGCAAUACGACGCCUUCCAAAUCUAAUUUAAAACCUGCAUGUCCUUAUUUUAAAAACGAUAACAAUACGAAAUCUGUGAAAUUCGAUGUCGAGUAAUUUUACAAUUAGUAUUUAACGCCAUUUCCGAUUUUGUAACUUGUAUUUAAUUAUAAUUUAUUUUGUAGCAUAUGUUUUGAUAAGUGUUCACCAUGCAAUGUGUUGGUAAAUUAUUAUUUUACGCGUAAAAUUAGUUUGUUUUCAUAAUAAAUCAUUAAUUAAAAUAAGGUUUCCACAGUUUAUUACUGUUGUAAUUGAUAUCACAUUUUAUGUUUAUUCUGUAUGCAUUUUCAAAGAUUUUAAUUUGUAUCAUGGAUAAGUAUUUUCAAUAUAUUUUGUUACUAAUUUCCAAUAAAAAAAAAAAAAAAAAUUUGUAUGAUGGAUGGAUAAGCCAUUUAUUAAUCCAUGAUAUAUUAAUGUUAAAAAAUUGUUUCGUCAACUAGUGUCAUCGUCACUUGACAUUUUACUGUGAAAGAGGCAUGUUUUGAUAAUUUUUUAUCAAAAUUACCAAGCAAGGGCACAAACAUUGAAUAAA